CAAUCGCGCAUUUUCUCGUGCCUAUCCUCGUAGUACCUAAAUCACGCGUUUCCGGUACAGUCAGAGAAACCAAGGGUGUCGGACAUUUUGUACAGUUUUACUCCCAUACAAAGCUUAUAAAUCCCAAGAAGACAAAAUGUCGUCGAUGAAAUCCAAAAAGAAGCACCGGUCUCGAACCCAGAGAUAUACGUCAAAUGUGUUCGCCAUGUUUAAUCAGGCCCAGAUACAGGAGUUCAAGGAAGCCUUCAAUAUGAUCGACCAGAACCGGGAUGGCUACAUCGAUAAAGAUGACCUUCUUGACCUGAUGACAUCACUAGGAAAAGAUCCGUCAAAUGAAUAUCUGGAGAAAAUGGUGAACGAGGCCCCGGGCCCUAUCAAUUUUACCAUGUUUCUGACUCUGUUCGGAGAGAAAUUAAACGGGACCGAUCCUGAAGAAGUCAUUCGGAAUGCAUUUGCUUGUUUCGAUGAGAGGAAUGCAGGAUACAUUAACGAGGAUUAUCUACGUGAAUGUCUGAUGACCAUGGGUGACCGUUGGUCAGAGGAGAUGGUGGACGAACUCCUACACGGAGCCCCAAUCUCUGGCGGAAUGUUCGACUAUGUCGAGUUCACAAGCAUGCUUAAACAUGGAGCCAAGAAAGAUGACGAUGGCAUUCCAUCACUUCCGCCCGACCAACAGGCCUUCAAUCCGGUUCAACCCUUGUCGUAGGGGAGAUAAAUCGUGAUAGUAUCUCAACAAAGGCAUUGUGUAUUCAUUGUGUUCUGAAGGGGUAGUGAUGUCCUCCUGCAAAUAACUUCGAAGACAGAUUUGGCCCGAGAUAAACAAUUGCACCUGGGACUGAUGCUAGCUUUAUUGAUAAUUAAAGGGUAGAUAAAAAAAAAAA